CCCAAACAUCUCUUUACUUUUAUAUAUUGGGGUUGUUUGGAAACCAUAUACAAGUACUGGAAUCCAAUACCUCUAUCUACACAUUAAACGGUUUUGGAUUCGACUUUUUAUAACAGACUCAUUAUGUUACACAGUUUCAAUACAACCCUUUUUUCCAACAUUUUAUGCUUCACACUUCCUAUUUUCGUUUCACUCUCGUUCACCUACUCAUUCCAACCCCUUAAGUUGCAAGUAAUUUUCCACCCCCAAAGAAUUAUCAAAGAGAAUACUUACCAUCAUAUCAUUGCAAAUGUAUAUAUAACUUUUAAGUCCAGGAGCCUCCCCUCCUAGUUUCAUUAUUCCUUUUAUCUUCUUGUAAUAGCCUAUAUAUCUUGAUUGAAUGAAGUAGUUUUUAGAUAUUUAAAAAGGGAAAAAGGGAAAAAGGGAAAAAGUUAUUUUGAAAUUUAAGUGUAAAGUUGAGCAAUUGGGGAAGAUGCAAUGGAAAGUCUUCGAUUUGAAGGAAGCAAAGCCCAGCCCAGCCCAUUUCCAUUUAUUUGGGCUCCUUCUCCCGUCUGCUUCUCCGAUUUAUCGCUUCUCUCCUCGCCUGACCUUACCGACGGUUUAUUUUGUUAUUCCGAUCUAUACUCACCGGAGCUUCCUCUCUCUAUUUCCUUCCCCCUUGUUAUGGCGGCUAAUUCACCGGUCCAAGAUCCUCCCACGGAUGCAUCUGCCAAACAAUCUGCCCCUUCGCCCUCCCCCGCUCUUGUGACCCCUCCCCUUAAAAUCGAAACUCCUCCCUCCGACUCCGGUCAGACCCCCUCCGCCGUCCCCGCUCCCACCCCUCGCCCCGAGGACCUCCCUCAAUCCACCUCUCCGGAUCCAAUUCAUCUUCCCAGCUAUUCCAGAUGGUUCUCCUGGAACGGCAUUCACGAGUGCGAGGUUCGCUUCCUUCCGGAGUUCUUUGAUUCACGGUCGCCCUCUAAAAAUCCUAGGGUUUACAAGUACCUUCGAAAUUCUAUUGUCAAGAAUUUUAGGGAAUGCCCUUCCAAGAAGAUCACCUUUACUGAUAUCCGAAAGACACUCGUAGCCGAUGUAGGAUCCAUUCGUAGGGUUUUCGAUUUCCUCGAGGCGUGGGGUCUUAUCAAUUACUCGCCGUCCGCGCUGAGCAAACCCCUGAAGUGGGACGACCGGGACUCCAAGUCUAAUGCGUCCGCUUCGAACACCGGCGAACCUGGAGGUGGUUCCGCGAAUUCCUCGGCUCCUAAAGACGCUUCUAAGAGAGUAUGCAGCGGUUGCAAGUCUAUUUGUAGCAUUGCUUGCUUUGCUUGCGAUAAGUUUGAUUUGACACUUUGUGCAAGGUGCUAUGUUCGUGGAAACUAUCGAGUUGGUGUUAGUUCUUCAGAUUUUAGACGUGUUGAGAUCAACGAUGACACACGAACAGAUUGGACCGAUAAGGAGACUUUGCAUCUUCUAGAAGCUUUGACGCAUUAUGGUGAUGACUGGAAAAAGGUUGCACAACAUGUUGGUGGCAGAACUGAGAGGGAAUGUGUUGCCCAAUUUGUGAAGCUUCCUUUGGGGGAGCAGUUUCAUGGUUAUCCAGAUUCUGAACAUAUUGACAACAAUUGUACUGUGAAGGAUGAAGCCAGUGCCAAUCUUACGUUGGAAAGUACUGGCAAGAUUGGGACAUCUAUUCCUAAUAAAAGAAUCCGUCUAUCACCUUUGGCAGAUGCAAGUAAUCCCAUAAUGGCUCAGGCUGCCUUUCUGUCGUCUUUGGUGGGUGUUGAGGUUGCAGAAGCAGCUGCCCAGGCAGCUGUGAUUAAACUUUCCGAGAUGGACUUUGGAGGAGAUGGGGAAAUUGCCAUACCUGUCGCUAGGAAUAUAGGAGAGCAAGGAAACGACGCUGCAUCCCAUGGAGGCAGCUGCUUGUCAAGGGGGUCUACGAUGGAUAUGGAGAAAGCAAUAUCUCAUAUUGUAAACGUUCAGAUGAAAGAGAUUGUAGAUAAGCUUAAUGGUUUCGAGGAGGGAGAGUUGCAGAUGGAGAAGGUAUUUAAGCAAUUGGACCAAAUGAAAAGCAUGCUUUUCGUUGAUCAACUAAACCUCUUAUUCAAUAAAGAGUGUAUUUCUACUACUGUGGAAGAGAAGAGCAAUAUGAAUGUAAGAACAUGAUGAUUUAUUAUUAUUCUCCUCCCUAAACCCUAAGCAAUUUGAAAUUGAAUCACCACUGUAUAUCA